CCUCGGCUCCCGGCUCCUCUGUGCAUCUCGACGUCCCCCUUGUGGUCAAAGCGCCCUGCGCUCUGCACCGCUCUGCUCCACACGGUCCCAGGCAGUCGAGGACCGGUGUCGGAGUUUCUCCAGCAGCAUGGCCAGCUCUUUGGUCCGACUGUGCCAUGUGUCUGAGGAGACGGCCGUCAGGGAGCGAGGCCAGUGGAGGAGCAAGACGGAGUUCAUCCUGUCUGUGGCCGGGGCCAUAAUUGGACUUGGGAAUGUGUGGAGGUUUCCAUAUCUUUGCUACAAAAAUGGUGGUGGUGCCUUCUUCAUUCCUUACAUUCUGUUUCUGGUGACCUCUGGCCUUCCGCUGGUCAUACUGGAGACGGCCCUGGGCCAGUACAGCAGCCAGGGGGGGAUCAUGUGCUGGAGGAGGGUGUGCCCCUUGUUUGAAGGUCUAGGCUACGCCGGUCAGAUCAUCCUUUUCUAUGGAGCUAUCAGCUACAUCGUGAUCUUAGCCUGGGCCUUUUUCUACUUCUUCUCAUCCUUCUCUGGAGAGCUGCCUUGGGCCACGUGCAAUAACACCUGGAAUACAGAUGCAUGUGUGGUAUUAAACCAGUAUAACGGCACCAACUGGACCUCGUCUGUGAAUUCAUCGCUGUCUGUGGUGGAGUUCUGGCAGCGGCGGGUGUUAAACAUAUCCCCCGGUAUAGAGGUCCUGGGAAAGGUGCGGUGGGAGCUGGCGCUGUGUCUCCUCCUGGCCUGGGUCGUCUGCUACUUCUGCGUCUGGAAAGGAGUGAAGUCCACCGGAAAGGCGACGUACUUCACCGCCACGUUUCCCUUCGCCAUGAUCGCGGUGCUGUUUGUCAGGGGAGUAACUCUUCCCGGAGCCCUCCAUGGCAUCAGGUACUACCUGUACCCCAACCCUGCGCGGCUCGCUGACCCACAGGUUUGGGUGGACGCUGGCACCCAGAUCUUCUACUCCUAUGCCGUGUGUCUGGGAUGCCUGACUACGCUCGGCAGCUACAACAAGUACAACAACAACUGUUACAGGGACUCUUUUUGUAUUUGCGUGUUGAACAGUGGGACCAGUUUUAUAUCCGGCUUCGCCAUCUUCUCAGUUCUGGGCUACAUGUCCCAAAAGCAGGGUGUUGACAUUUCUGCAGUCGCUGAGUCAGGACCCGGCCUUGUCUUCAUAGUCUACCCACAAGCUGUGACGCUCCUUCCUUGGCCUCAGGUCUGGUCUGUGUGUUUCUUCACCAUGAUCAUCUUGCUAGGAAUAGACAGUCAGUUUGUUGGGAUUGAAAGCAUCAUGACCUCUGUAACAGACGUCUACCCUUCCCAGACACGGAGAGGCUGCCGCAGAGAGCUCCUCCUGCUGCUGCUCUGUGCUGUUUGCUAUGGGUUUGGUCUGUUGCUGGUGUCAGAGGGUGGUUCAUACAUUCUGCAGAUCUUUGAUCAUUAUGUCUGCAGUGGUCCUACUCUACUUCUCAUGGCAAUCUUUCAGUCUGUGAUCAUUGGAUGGAUUUAUGGUGCCGAACGCUUCACAGACAACAUUAAAGACAUGACUGGGCACAAGCCAUCACUGAUCAAGUACUGCUGGAUGUUUGUCACCCCGCUUAUUUGCUGUGGAACCCUUGUAUAUCUGCUUGUGAAGUACACCCCUAUGAGGUUCAACAAUUUUUACGUGUAUCCGUGGUGGGCCUACUGGAUCGGCUGGUUCCUGGCCAUGUCGUCUCUCACGAUGAUUCCAGUCACCAUGGUCUACAAACUGGCCCACAGUAAAGGGACACUCUGGCAGCGUCUCAAGGCGAGCUCACAGGCUGAUGAUGACCUUUCAGUGAAGGUGAAGCCACAGGAAAGGGCGAGCAUCCGUGCUCCACUACAUGUCUGUGAUGGUGGAGGAACAGCAUUUACUGAAAUGCCAGUGCUGUAGAAACAAGUUUUUUUUUUUAAUCAAAAAAUCCUAAUUAUGUAGAUGAAUUAGAAGCCAUAUAUAUUUACAAGUUCCCGUUUACAGUGAUCUUCUAAUUUAGACAUCAAUGUGGUUUGGGGUUAACUGGAGUUUGUAGUUGUCAUCUAUUGACAGAAUCUGUUUCUGGGGUUUUUUACAUUAGGACAAUAAUUGGAGGGAAAUUGCUUUUAGACUUUUUAUUUGCUGGAAGGUGUAUUAAGUUACCUUUGAAUGAAGCCAGAGCCUGUCUCAUCUUGUUUCAACCUCUAUCACCGCCAAAGCUUUUCUCCUCAUUCUUUCCUUUGUUCAGGUUCUAAUUUUUGAAACUGUCCAGGCGUGAGCAGCCUGAGAAGUCAUUAAUAAUAACAGUCUGUGUCAUUCAUAAGGAUGCAUGUGCCUUCAUCUCUGAAACUUUACAAAGCAUCAUUGGGUUUAAACUCAUUAUCCAGGGUGAAUCCCAAAGCCAAAUAAAAACAGUACAAAAACCUUCAGAAACACUUGCUUUCUCAAGAUUUACUAUAUUUGUACUAUAUUAAUUUGAGGUUUCAAAUAAAAAUUAACAAAUUA